AUGUCUUCUCAAAGUGUAGUCAACAGGGUUGCUAUAGUCACUGGUGCCUCUCGGGGCAUUGGUGCGGCCAUCGCCCGUGAGCUCUCCAGCAGAGGUGCUCGUGUAAUCAUCAAUUACCCUACCCCAACCGAAAAAGACGAGGCCGAAACCGUGAGACAGGGCCUCGCCUCACCUGAAAAUGCUACUAUUGCCGAGGCAGACCUGUCAACCCGCGAGGGACCAGCAUUGCUCGCUGCAGCUGCUGCCAAAGCACAUGGGAAUCGUAUCGAUAUCCUCGUCAACAACGCAGCAAUUGGUCCUAUGAUUCCAUUCGACUGCCCCGAUGAUUCUGCCUUGAAUGCAGCGUGGGACAAGACAAUCAACCUCAACUGCCGCGGAACGUAUUUCCUCACCCGCGCCGUCCUGCCGUAUCUCACCAAGACAAAUUCACGCAUCAUCAACAUCACAUCCGAUAAUGCCCGAGAUCCCCAGCACAACUCAAGUAUCUACGCCGGCACAAAAGGGAUGAUCGAAACCUUCACGCGCUCCUGGGCUCGAGACCUGCCACGCAAGUAUGGAUGCGCCGUCAACAGCGUCGCUCCGGGGCCAACGUCUACAGAGGCAAUAGAGAGCUUUCCAAGAGAGUUUCAUGAGAAGCUGCAGCCGGUUCUUGAUAGGGUGCCAAUCGCUUCGCGGACGGGCACACCUGAAGAAGUGGCUUGGGUGGUUGCCAUGCUUGCCGAGGAGGGCGCAUCAUGGGUGAAUGGGCAGAUUGUGUCUGUUAGUGGGGGCUCUGUUUUGUCAUGA